AACUCCAACGGCUGCCUCAUCUCUCGGUUGUUUGGCCUUCUCUGCUACUAGCAUCUCGGAACGCAUUCGUUCGACCCGACAUCAUCGCUUUACUCUUAACCAAGCCGCGAGCGUGUCAAGUGAUCAAGUCGCCAACUAGAUCAACACCAGCGUGAUCGCCAUCUCCAAGAACCCACGGCUCUCUCGACCGGCGUCCACAGCCAGCAGCCAGCGAUGACCGCCCCGCCGCCCCCGAGGAAGCUAUCGCCGCCGGCAACACGGACGCGGCCCGUGGCGAAGGCACCGCCGCGCCGCCUCCCCCACCCCUACCCCCCGCCUCGCCCUCGCUCUCACCCCCCGCCGCCGACGCAGCAGCGCAACCACCUCCACGGGCAGCAGCACAAGCAGCAGCAGGCGGCGAAGACGCCGUCCUCCGCGUGGAGCGUCGGCUUCCUGACCUCCUGGCUCUCGCACCGCACCUCCGUGCUCGGCCUCCGCGGCUGGGUCCUCGCCGCCGCGGGCGCCGCCGUGCUCACCAUCGCCCUCCUCGCGCUCACCGUCUGCCUCUGCCGCUGCCGCCGCCGCCGCCGGCGCUGCCCGCGCGUCGCCCCGAGCCUGCACCACGGGGCCGCCUCCCGGUCCACGAAGCACCACGUCGUGCACCAGGCGAUGGCGGCGGACAAGGACGUCGUCGUGGAAGAGCCGCCCGUGCGCUGGCACCCGCCGCCGCCGCCGUUCCAGCCGCCGAUCGAGGUCAUCAAGGCUGAGCAGGAGGCCCCGCUGAUCGCCGCGGCGGGGUCCGGCAGGACGACCAGCCCCGGGACGGCCACGAGCAGCGGCGGCGGGAGCGGCAGCGGGAGCGCGCGCGGAUGGAGCUCGGCCGGGAGUGACGCGGAGCCCCGGGAGGCGUCGCGGGGCGGCUGGGGACGAAGGUACACGCGCCGCGAGAUGGAGGAGGCCACCGAUGGGCUGGCCGCACACAACGUGCUCGGCGAGGGCGGAUACGGGGUCGUCUACAGGGGCCUGCUCAGGGACUCCACCGCCGUCGCCAUUAAGAAUCUGCACAACAACAGGGGCCAGGCCGAGAAAGAUUUCAGGGUGGAGGUGGCCACCAUCGGGCGCGUUCGGCACAAGAACCUGGUCAGCUUGCUCGGAUACUGCAGUGAGGGGCCAUGCAGGAUGCUCGUCUACGAGUACAUGGAGAACAGUAACCUGGAGAAGUGGCUGCACCAUGACGACGGUGAAGUUAGCCAGCUGAGCUGGGAUACGAGGAUGCACAUACUCCUCGGAACUGCUAAAGGGUUGGCGUACCUUCACGAAGGGUUGGAGCCCAAGAUAGUUCAUCGCGACGUCAAAUCCAGCAACAUCCUCCUGGACGGGCAGUGGAACGCCAGGGUGUCGGACUUCGGCCUCGCCAAGCUGCUCUGCUCCGAGAGGUCCUAUGUCACCACUCGUGUCAUGGGAACAUUCGGGUAUGUGGCACCUGAGUAUGCAAGGACAGGGAUGCUGAACGAGAGGAGCGACGUGUACAGCUUCGGCGUGCUGGUCAUGGAGAUGAUCACGGGCAGAACUCCAGUGGACUACACCAGGCCAAACGCAGAGGUGAACUUGGUUGAGUGGCUGAAGCGCAUGGUGGCGGAGAGGAGGGUGGAGGAGGUGGUGGACCCGAAGCUGCCAGAGGCGCCGCCGUCCAAGGUUCUGAAGCGCGCCGUCCUCGCCGCGCUCCGCUGCGUCGACCCCGACGGUAGCCAGCGGCCCACCAUGGGGCACGUGGUCCACAUGCUCGAGGACGACCUGAGGUUCAGAGACGAGCUCCAGCUCGCGCGGGAUCUGUCGCCUCACGCGUCGUCGUCGUGGGAGGAAAGCUACGCCUACGAACGCGAUGAGCACUGAACGCCACGGACGGAUGAUCAAUGGGUCGUUGCGAAGUGGAGGUUCUGACUUCUGAGUUCGUAUGGGCACCGUGCUUUUUCCCCCUUCGCAUUGACAGGAUUGUAGCCAAAUGUUCUUGUACAAGCAGCUAGUCGAUAUAAUCUCUCUUUCUUCGCCCGUUAAAUUUUGUUUGCAUGGCGGCAUUGGUUCAAUCGCACAGCUAAUUCAUAGUACUCCAUUGCUCGACACUUAAGAGCUUCUUUAUAUGAUCAAACACAGCGGAAGUACAUCUAUGAUUUUGCUUCA